UCUCUUGCUUUCAUCUCUGGUUUUUCUGUCCGAUCUUUUAGGUUCAGAAAACUGAGUUCCUUUCUGCUAAAUUUAAGUUUGGGUGGUUUACUUUUCUGGGUUUGCGCUAUUUGAUUCAGUUUCUAUGGAUUUUUUUUUAAUUAAUUAGCUUAAGAGUUUGAGUAGAGUUCUACUUUUUAAAACUUGCUGUUGCUGGUGGAAACUGGAAUUGGAAAUUUUAAACCUUGGUCCAUGAAAGCUUAAUGGGAGUAUUAUAUGUUCUCUAAUUGGUCAAUUUCUUCGUUGGUUUAGUGAGUCCCAGCUCUCUUCUCUUUUAGAGUGUGUAAUUUGGUAGCUCAGGCAGCAAAUUUUCCUGCCUCACAAAUUUAUGUGUUUUUUCUUUCGACAAUUGACAUGCAAAAGGAAAAUAAUAAUGCUGCUGUCCCAUCAGCUGGUACUACUAGGAUUCGGCACCGUAAACGAUCCAGUGAGGAUAUUUUCCUUUGCAAACAAGGAAAUUUUUUUCCUUCAUAAAAUUCAAACAUGCUAUCAGGUUGUUCCAGAACCUAGCAAAGCUAAUGGUGGAAAUUUUCUUGUUGAUGACCGUAACAAAUACAAAUCGAUGUGGAUCCGAACACACUCUACCGUUUGGAUGAUUGGGGGCUUUGCAUUAAUUGUCUACAUGGGUCAUCUCUAUAUUACAGCUAUGGUGGUGGUUAUCCAAAUAUUUAUGGCAAAAGAGCUGUUCAAUCUACUCAGGAAAGCACAUGAAGAUAGGCAUCUUCCGGGAUUUAGGCUAUUAAAUUGGCACUUCUUCUUCACUGCAAUGUUAUUUGUAUAUGGUCGCCUUCUAAGUCAACCACUUGUCAAUACCGUAACUUCGGAUAAGUUUUUGUAUCAGUUUGUCAGCAACCUUAUCAAGUAUCAUAUGGCUAUCUGUUACUUCUCAUACAUUGCAGGUUUUAUGUGGUUUAUUCUUACGUUGAAGAAGAAGAUGUACAAGUAUCAAUUUGGCCAGUAUGCAUGGACACAUAUGAUUCUGAUCGUUGUGUUUACACAGUCAUCCUUUACUGUGGCCAAUAUCUUUGAAGGAAUUUUUUGGUUUCUUCUUCCUGCAUCGCUUAUUAUUAUCAAUGACAUUUUUGCUUAUAUCUUUGGUUUCUUCUUCGGAAGAACCCCGUUAAUCAAAUUAUCUCCAAAGAAAACAUGGGAAGGAUUUAUUGGAGCAUCUGUUACAACUAUCAUCUCUGCAUUUGUGCUUGCAAAUAUCUUGGGUCGUUUCAAGUGGCUAACCUGUCCAAGGAAGGAUUUAUCAACUGGUUGGCUUCAAUGUGACCCAGGUCCAUUGUUUAAGCCUGAGCAUCAUACUUUACCAGGAUGGAUUACUCAAUGGACUUUUUUGCAGUUUCCUUGGAAAGAGAUCUCUAUUUUGCCAGUUCAGUGGCAUGCUUUAUGCUUUGGUCUGUUUGCAUCAAUUAUAGCACCUUUUGGGGGCUUUUUUGCCAGUGGCUUUAAGAGAGCUUUUAAAAUCAAGGAUUUUGGUGAUAGUAUUCCUGGACAUGGUGGAAUUACGGAUAGAAUGGAUUGCCAGAUGGUGAUGGCAGUAUUUGCAUAUAUCUAUCACCAGUCAUUUGUUGUGCGUGAAGGCAUCUCAGUUGAAAUGAUCAUGGACCAGAUAUUGACGAACCUUAACUUUGAGGAGCAGCAAACACUUUUCAUGAAGCUAGGGCAGAUAUUGCAGGAAAGACUUGGACAUGCUUAAAUAUGUUGGCUUAAUUAAUUCUGUGCAAGCAAGCAAGCUAUUGUCUCUUCCUUUCUCUACACAUGGUGGUGCAACAGCAAAAGAGGAGAAGAAAAUGCAUUGUAUAUGGUGUUGUGCUCUUGCUUUUUCCAUUCUCAAGCAGAGGUACUAUUCUUUAUGCGCUUACUCUGUAUAGUGUAUGUUAAGCAACCGAUUAAUUACUAAUUAAUAUACAUGAAACAUUAACGGAGUAUUUAUUUUGGUGUUUCUGGUUCCCCUUUUUU